AUGUAUGAUGGUUAUCCUAACCAAGCCCAGCAGGCUCCUAAUCCUGCUCCACCUGAACAGAAAGUUCUCAGAUUUGAUAAGGGAUAUCUGAAAACAUUGCCCGGGAUUUUGAAAAUAGUAGAAUUGCUAUGCAACUUCAUUGGAUUUAUUUGCAUAAAAAUCUCCUGGGCUUGGCUGUCAUCAAUUUUCUACAACCUCUUGUACUGGCUGGGUAUUAUUAUCACGGCGUUUAUAUUAUGCAUGUAUAUGUUCCACUUUGUGGAAAAAUAUGACCGCUGGCCAUGGUUCAAGCUUGAGUUUUUCUACUGCGCAGCGAUGGUGCUUGCCUAUAUUAUCCUAUCUAUAUUUGCCACAACAGUUGGUGAAAAUGGAUAUGCAGUAGGGUUUUUUGGUUUGUGCGCCAUCAUUGCAUAUGGUUACGAUGGCUAUCUAAAGUACAAGGGGUGGAAGAGAGGACUACCGCCGCAAUAG